AGCCGGUGUGUGUUGAUGCAAGUGCGGUGACUGUACGUGCUGACUGGCGGAGUCAGUCAGUCAGUCAGUCAGUCGGCUCGGCACCGGCCGCGACGCACGAUCGCGUGGAUUUUUCUUGCUUCUCCGUGCACACGUAUAUACGCACGCACACAACACGAUAGAGUGGCCUGCACGCCUCGACACGCACCGUUUUGCCUCUGUUUCUCCGGCGAGUGGCGCGCGCCACUCGAUCUCGGCCUGUUGUUCGGCCCAGUUUUUCCGUCUCGAUUUUCCCCCCAGGUUGAGAAACCUGCCCGUGUACCAACAAGGGGCUCCGAGUGUCAGUGUGCUUCGUCGGAUUAGUGGGCCUAUCGAAAUUACCAUAGAGGGUCACGUCUCAGCCUCGACCAGGGUGAUGAUGUAACGGGACUUUCGCUGUCGCUGCAGUGAAGCAACGAUGUCCACACAAUGCAACCGCUUCGUGCAGAACGCCUGGAAGAAGGAACUCUGUUCGAAUUGCUUCAAGCCGAGAGAGGAACACACUUUGCCGGAAGAGACGUUCAGGUUGAACAUUGGCAAGGCUCUGAACUAUGUGAAGACUGAUAAUGUUAAGAUACAGAGUAUUCUGCGUGGGAAGGCGGUGUCUCAAAAGGAUCAGAAAAAGAAGAGCGUGGCAUUUACGGAGCGGCUGACGGAGAUAAUCGGUUAUGGAGGCGACGACUUCGUCUCCGAAGGUGAAGAGGAAGAUGAGCAGGACUUGGUGGAGUCGUUCAACGGGGACGAUGACACGUUGCCAGACAGCGAAGAGGAAAGGGCUUUGGGCAACUUGACACGUGCCAAUACCAACUUUAACACGAUCACCGCAAACUUGACGGAGAUCGUCUCCACGAACGAGACGAGUAAGUCGUCUACGACGACGAGAUCCUUCGCGUCCCUUAUGUUGGGAAGGAUACAGAAGGAUUCAGAAGGCAAGAAGACUACGUUGUUGGUCUCUGUCACGCCGUUUGGCGGUGACGAAUCUUUGCCAACAGCAAAGAGGCCUAGCGAUAAGAAGGUGAAUGGAUUCGUUAAUGGUUUAACGAACUUUACCAAAUCUAAGAUAAUGGAAACUGACAAGUCAGAGACGAUGUCGAAGAGCACGAAAAAAACCGAUGUUGAUUCGAGAAAGGAAGAAAAGAAGGAUCAGAAGUUUUCAUCCGGCAUGGAGAAGAUCGUGGACAUGCCCCUGAUCACGUCGAAUAAUUUAAUUUCUGUCAUGCAAAGAAACGAACCGGGGGAUCCUGAUGACACCAAGGACAGAACGUCCGAAUCUAACAUAAUCAACGUCGAGAGGAAUUUAGAGAAUAGCAAAUCGGAUAAGAAGGCUGCCAAUAUUCCUCGAAGCCAACCAAUUAAAAAGUUCGACAACGAGAAAUCCAAGAUUCCUGCGCAAGCUUCGCAAAAUGGUGUCAAGAUCGAAUAUGACUUUACCGGGAAAAUCACGAAGAAAGCACGCGACGUAUCGAGAAUAGAAAAUGAAUCCUUGGACAAGGGUAUCGAAUUGACUCUGACACCUUUGAAGAACGAGGCUGAAGACGCUGCCGAGAGCGACAGAUCCAUGGUCGUUCGAGGAAAAGACGUCAAUAAAAUCAACGCAACGUUAAACGACAGUAGGAAAAUCGUUAAAGACGAUCCAUUGCUACUUGAAGUGCGAAAAGUGGAAGGUGAAGCUACGCCCGUCGAGAAGAAGUUCAGUUUUGAAGAAAGUCGAGAAUCGGCUGGUGAACCGGAUGGAAAGGCGGACGAGGAGGAAGUGACGGAACCGCCAGCUCUUCCAAAGAGUCCUCCGCCUAUUGAAACUAAGCAUCCUGUUGUGGCAGAAACGUGUAAGACACCGAUCAUCACGACCGAACCGAGACCGUCUUUCCUACACGGAACAGUUCACUCGGAGUCGAAGAUGAAACCUGUGGUGCCUCAGAAGCCGACUAAUUUCUUGACCAAGAGCAGCCCUACGUCGCCUGAUACAAAUGGAAAGAAAAGUUACGUACUGCCGCCUCCUUCGGUUCAAAACGCCGCAGGCAAGCCCGCUUCGAGCACAGGCGCCAACAACGUUCCACCUGCGGAACAAAUAACUUCCUCUCGUCUAACAGCUACCAAAGACAAGUCGGAGGAGCAAGUUGCCGCUUCGCUCGUAGAUCAAAAUCGUGGAUCUUUGAACGCGGAUACUGCAAAAGACUCGGAACAGCGAGAGAACGAAACUUCUCGAUGCCAAAUCAACUCAAAGUCUGUGUGUCAUGGUAUCGAGUCGAAGUUACCGACCGUUGAGAUGUCUGCAUCGAAAACGUCGCCAGGAAGCAAGUCAAAGGCGUCGUCGAGCGUAGUCAGAAGUCAGACCACAGAUUCAGCAGAUAGUACGGAGAAUGCGGAGGUCGACGAAGAAAUUUCAGAUCCCCAAUUUUCGACGGUAGAGUCGAUACGGUCGCCGAAUAAAAGAAGAAUGGCGCCAAAACCUCCAGCGAUCGAUUCUACGGAAGAACUGGCUCCCAGUUGUAGCUUGUUCGCCAGGAAUCCCGGGGCGAAUUUCAAAUCAGACUCUCCGGUGGUCAGGGAAAAAGAGAAGAGAGAAAGGGCGUCGUCGUGUAGCCCGAAGUUUCGAAAAGCUGUCUCGGAUCUUCCAGAUCCUACGAGCGCGCAAACGUGCGAUCCAGCGUCCAGAAGGACGAUAUCUCUGUCGCAGGAUAGUCUGGCAAGUGGGCCAGAAGUUAGAGAAGAAAAGAAGAGAGGUAGACCGCGUUUCUCCUUGAAGAGAUUUCUCAGGAUGGGUUCGAGGAAAGACGUGGAUAUGGUUAGCGGUCACGCGUCCAACUCGAGGAUCGACGAAAUACCAUCGACGCCGCAACCUAAACCACGAUUAGAAAUUAUUCAUCCGUUGGAGUUGGAUGGCGCUGCUGUUGAAGUGGUGGGAAACGAUCGGAUUAGCAGGAUAAGCGAAGAUCAACCAGAUUCCUGCGGUUCUAGGAACGACGCGGGAAGAGCAACUCGAUCGCCGUUGUCCGCCGGAUCGCACGCCGCCGCGAGACCAGGGAAACCGCCACCACCACCAAGGAACCAGUCUUUGGAGGAUUGGUCGAGACUGGAUCCAGCUAGCAAACCGGUCAGACCACCACCGCCACGCGUCGAGACCAAACAACUACCGUCGAGGAACGACAAGUCAUCCACGAAAUCGUCGCCCUCGUCGUCCACGUCUUCAACGUCCUCGUCGUCUACGUCGUCGUCUUCGACGUCGUCCUGGCAGCCAGCAGCCUCGACCACCUCAGACUCGAUUUACGCGAAUCUGGCAGCGGAGGAUGUUACAGGUGAGGUGCGCAGCUCGUUGGCACCCUCGAAACCGCAAAGAACCGCCAGCAUGAGGGACCAAGCGACCUCGCAGCCAAUCCUCAAGAAACACGGCUCCUCAAGCCCGGCCCUUAAUCAGGAUUACGAGACUGUCGCGGUUACUGCGCCACCCACGUCCGAUUCUCUGACGUCUAACGACAGUCAUGUUUACGAGUGCCUUUCUAGCUCGCCGGAGUGCGACUCGAAUCUCGAGCUGCGCCACGCUGGCGUAUCUCAUCUCAGCUGCAAGAGGAAAUCCGACAGCAACGCGAUGGAACCCGCUUCGGAAUUCAAAUUUCAUCAUCAGACGUUCGUCAGAUCGACUUCGCUUCCAUAUUGCGGCAGCGAGACCGAAAGCGAGUUGUAUGCCCCGUAUGGUUUUUACACCGGUGACGAGGGUCCUGAGGAGGAUCAAGACUGGAAGAAUAAGGACGACGAAUUAAGGAUAAGCCGAUUGAGGCAACGCAGAGGUCGCAGUAUAGUUCAUCGAAGCCUCGAGGAUAAUUACGGCGCCGUGGUCGUUGCAAAUCACGAAGCUCUCGCCCAGUUUCUCGACCAGCUGAACCAAACGCCUCAAAUGCUUGCGGGGCUGCGAGCGUUGAAAAAUACGAAUCCGCGUGUAAGCCACUUCGGCAUCGACGCCAAUACGUCGAUCACAGUCGGUAGAAGAAUAUUUUGCUCGGCGACGUGGAACGAGCUGAACGUCACCUUGUGCAUCGCCUUCGAUCUGGCUACGCAUGUGUCGCGGAAGGAAUUUUAUUUGGCACCUAUAAUCGAGUUUAUAGACAGCCCACCGAGAGAAAUUACCGACAAGACGUGUCUACGCGGGAACAAGAAGCUCGAAGCGACCAUUUCCGUACUGCCGCGUUUACAAGUGAACACGAUACAAUUAUACGGCGGGACGAUCAAGGAUUUGCACGACGAAGGAACAAUUAGAGAAGCAUCGUUCGUGCUCCUUCAAUUCGUCACAGCGUUAAAGAGCCUUCAAGCGCGAGGAAUCGAAGAAUCUGCGAGAAGCUUGAACAACGUGGUUCUAUGUAGAGAAGACAAGGACGCCUAUUACAGGCUCUAUCUUCUUCAAGGAUUGAACGUGGAGACGAACGAGGAACGCGACGAGGAGAGGGUUUCGUUGUGUCAGUGCGCGCUCGUGGCGCUUCAACAACUCAACUUGGCCAGUAGACUGCCUCUGAUUCAGGAGCUGCUCGUAAGGGAGAAGGCAGUCACCUUGUCUCAGGUGAAAUCCAUCCUGGAAUUUUCUCUGUGGGGUCCCGCGGACGUGACUUUCGCUGGUCCACGAGAAAGGGAAGUCACCCUCCAAAGAUGGUUGGAUCUGGAAAGAGCGAACGUUCUUCACGCGUUAGUGAGGACAAGGGCGCCGCUCACCGUCACCGACGAAUACCAAUUGCUAUUCUUGGUUCGAACCAGUGCGAAAAUUAUGGGCGAAGCGUCCUUGCUUUUGGACGAGCAACGGAAUCGUUUGAUUCGGACUCGCUGAACGAUCGUUAUCAGGCACGAAGUCAAACGGAAUCGACCAGUUUUUCAUAGACGAAAUAUUAUUUAAUUAUAUUUAUACAUCUGGCAAAUAGUGUAUUAAAGAUUUUCCAAAUUCGAGUACAGUUUUCAGACGAUCGAAGGGAACGACGUUUCGUUCGAACGAAACUGGACGAUAGUCGCGAUUGUACAAAUGAAAACGCGAGGCUCCGAGUGGAUAUCAACGCUCGUUCGAAACGAGAUCGCGUGGGACGAUGCUUUCGACCGAACGUUCUCGUUCAUAAUUAAGAACGAUAAUUACCUUCGAUUAAUGUCCCCGAUCGAGUGUAAUCUUAUUAAAUAUUUGUACAAAUAAACGACAAUUGCUAUUUGACGUA